UCCCUCAGGGAGAUAGCCAAAUAAUAGACUAGCUGCCACAGACUGCACAGGCAAAAGAUCCCAAUGCUAUUUUCAAGGAUAGAUGUUGUUUCCACAGGUCAAACGCUGAUGAAACCAUGGCCUGGUCUGAGUCUGUGGAUACAAUACUAGCUAAUAAAGAUGGCUUGGCAGCUUUUAGGACAUUUUUAAAGUCAGAGUUCAGUGAGGAGAAUGUGGAGUUCUGGCUCGCCUGUGAGGACUUCAAGAAAACCAAGUCCUCGGCUAAGAUCGCUUCAAAAGCCCGAAAGAUUUAUUCUGACUUCAUACAAGCUGAUGCUCCAAAGGAGAUUAAUAUCGACUUCCAAACUAAAACCCACAUCUCUCAGAACAUCUCUGAACCCACUCUCAGCUGCUUUGAUGAUGCUCAGAGGUUAGUCUAUAGUCUCAUGGCAAAGGACUCUUUUCCCAGGUUUCUAAGGUCAGAAGUUUACAAGGAAUUGGUAAAGAAGCAACAGAAUGGAAAUCAGAAGAGAUGGUUCCCAUUUUUGUGAGAAAAUGCCCAAGGGAUUAUGAAUUUGUAUAUGUCUCCCAUUGCAAGUCAGUACAGUUAAUAUUUUAUUGAACUGAUUGUACAAACCAGAUCUAAAUUGCCUUUGCCAGCUUGUUUUUAAGUACAAUAGGCACAUGAUACUUUCUAAUAACAGUGGAGAAAUAGUCAAGAAACAGGAUAGAAUAUGCCAAGACAUUUGAGCUUCCUUUUUAGUAAAGAAGUUUGCCAUUGAAAAUUUUGCCAGUGCUUGCUUUAUCUGUCAAAGUGUUUUCACAUUAAGCAGAAUGUUUUGGGUUUUCUGAUUUGUUAUUGAUUUUUCUGUAGAAGUAUGGCCUCAAAAAUAAAUUUCAGGGGACUUGGAUACAUUUACUCAUUCAUUCAUCAUCUCAUUUGUAAUAUGUAAAAAUAAAAAAAAUUAAAAAAAAUCCUCCUUUAAGCAUAUUUUAUACCAACUAAAAACAGGAGAAGUAGAAAUAUGGUAGAUAACACAGUAUGAUAAUAUUUAAUAGGCAGAUGUUUUAUGACAAAUGUCCCUGGCUUUCAGAGCAUAUUACUGUUUCAUAAUGCAGCUGUCUUCAAUAUGACUCUAUCCAAUUUUCUUUGUGUUUAUUUAAUUUGAAUUUUUAUUGAGAAGUCUCAUUUAUUAAUUGUGUAGGCAUUUGGAAAAAAAAACAACAAACCCUGAGUAAAUAUUCCUUUGUACAUUUUCAGUUAGUAGUUCCUUUUCUUUGCUUUUCCAAGUGUAUCAGUGAUACUGUCCCCAUGCACUCAUGAAAUGAGUUAUUACAAUUUUUCAAUGAAAUACAGGUGAGCAGAAAAGUAAACAUCAGAGAAACAGUUUCAGGCAAGUAAGCAUGUAGAUCAGAAUUUAGUCAUGGUGUUAUUUUUCAAACAAGCAAGAUGCAGUAGGAUUCUAGUGCAGUUAUCAUGUUUGCACACACUGAUCUCGUUCAUUGCUGUUGGAGAGUUUAUUGUGUAUAUUUUGAUGAAGGAAGGAGCUGUUGUAUAGUACUGAAAUAAGAAAUAUUUUAAACCAUAUUGGGCCAGGAAGAAUCUUCACUAUGGAAUUAAUUCUAAAUA